UGCAACAUGGAAUCAGUUUCACUAGAAAUAGCCUAAUUUCUGCAACGAAACAGAGCAAGAACUAAAUAUGAACACAGAAGAGACCAUGAGAGCUUCAACAAGACACGUAGCUCCCUAUCUGGGAAAUGACGUGACCAACUUCUUCGAUUAAUCCAAUCUUUUUAUACGGCAUGCUACCAUCGUAUUAAUGGUCGAGGACGCCUUCAUUGCCACCUAUGUUAUGCAUCCUCUUCAAACUCACACUCUUCAUACAUAAUUAGAUACAUUGGUUGCGCGCUCUUCCUCGUUUCCUUUGUCUUUCUCUUUCGGCUUUUUCCAUCCCUUCCUUUCUGCAUGCAGUCUAUAAGCAUUUGCUGAAUGCCCAAUGUGAAAUGCUGAUACAGAUGCUGUGAUAAACUGUGUUAGAGCAACAUCAUGGAACUUUUCAACAUGUAAUGAUUAAGAAGGAAGAUCAUUCAUUUAACUGAUUAAUGGCACUGAUUUCCGAGCUACUGGCUAACACAAUACUCUUGGUGAUGAGGCAUUUUUCUCUACUUAGACUGGCAUGCUUGUUUGGUAUCAGAAUCGCAUUAACUGUCAUAUAUACUUGGACGGAGUUGAUCGGAACAACAAUUAGCUUCCAUGCAAACAUAAUAUUAAGAAUUAUCACAUGGACAUUUGGGCUUAUCUCCCUGCCUGCAAGAGUUGUGUAUGCCUUUCAAAGGGAGAGGCAGGUUCGCAAAUGUUGUUGCCUGUUACCAAGAAAGGGGAAAGGAAUUGGGGAUGGGCUGGAACAAAAACUACAUGAAAUGCAGAUAGAGUUGGAGAAUUUAGUGUGGGAUAAGAAGGAACUACAAGAACAUUUUAAAAUGGCUGUCAAAGAGCGCAAAAUGAUGGAGAUGCUACUAGUGGAGCUUGAAGAGGAGCAUGAUAUGGCCAUUGAAAAAAUUGAAAAGUUAGAGGGAAAGUUGCAGGAUCAGACAAAUGAAAAUCUUCGGCUGAAAGAAAUUCAAGGAAAGAGAUACUGGAGCUCCAAAGAUCAAAGCAACAGCGACAGAGUCCAAACCAUCAAUGACAGCAACUACAACAUUUCUCAUCCUAUACUCUCACUGAACUCCAACUACAACGGGAGUGGAAUCUCUCUUCAGGAUCUUAUAAUGUGCAAAGAUAUUUGGGAAGAUGAGAGCAAAACCAGAAGUGAGUUGCUUAAACUCUUAAAAGCAGUACCAAAGUCCGGGCCAGUAGUUAAGUCCAAAACGAGCGAAGCACUAGACUACCAUCGAGACGUAGCUCUUUCACAAUCUCUCUUCAGUGCCAUUAUGUCACUUGUGGUUGGAGUCACUGUGUGGGAAGCUGAGGACCCUUGCACGCCUCUUGUGGUGGCUCUCUUUGCCGUAGUAGGCAUGUCCUUGAAGAGUGUGGUGCAGUUUUUCUCCACCAUUAGAAAUAAACCUGCAUCUGAUGCUGUUGCUCUUUUAAGCUUCAAUUGGUUUAUUCUUGGCACUCUAACCUACCCUACCUUACCAAGGGUUGCUCGCAUGCUGGCUCCACUAGUGUUACGCCUUAUGGACCAAACCAUGACACCUGGUUCGGUCUCCUUUCCAUAGCUUGACACUGCUUUUUUCUUUUCUGUUGUGUUAUAUUAUGUGCUGUAUAAUCUGAAUUUUGUGUCCUUUUUUACUGUGGUGUGCGUUUCUUAUUGCUUGUACAAUACGAGGAAUCUCUGUAAUUUAGUUGUCUGUGUUGUGAUAUUCUGUUUUUUCUGUUUCCAGCUCACAAACAUGAAAGGGAGAUAGGAAAUCAGUUUUUGUUUUCUUCACCAUUUUUUCAGAGUUCAGUGAGCUAUUGUUUUUGUUAACUUUGAUCAAUGUUCUGCUGGAUUAUUUAAGGAUCAUGCAGGUUCGAUA